AUGACCACACCUGAUCCGACCAAAGUUGCGUCGUGGAGCAAGUUCUUAUCAUUGGAACUAGAUGAGAAUAAUCCUCGAAAACGUCUUUCAAGUGUCACAAGUUUCUUUAUCGACGAGGAUAAGAAAGCGGCCGUGCUAUGCGAUCCGAAACGUAGAGAUAAGGGUAGGGACAUGGUAUACAUUGUUGGAGAGGACAAUCUGUUCAGGAAAAUACCCGUAGGAGAAUUUAGAUUGAAUUUUUUGAGUCCAGUUAUUUACAGUACUUAUGCUCCAAGCUUGGUUCGAAUCCAACAGGGUGGAGUAAUGACACGAGAACGUAAAAGAAAAAGCCGGCAUUAG